UCGCAAGGAUCGGCCGAGUGAUUCAUGUAAGACAUCAUCCUACUGGCAAUUUGCUUGCAGUAUCCUGUUUUGCAAAUGCUCGUGUCCUCGUCAAGAACAGUGGUCCUUGUUGUGUUCAACAGAAAAAUAAUGCUAGAGUAGUCCUUUUCUGUAGUUUUUUUGUACAUACGCUGAAUACGAUUUUCAAAUUGUUCUAUCACGUCGAUCGUCAGAAAAGCUAAGAAAAAAAGGAAAUACGAGAAGAGAGAAAGAAAGAAAUAAAAAGGGACAUGGGUAGAUCACGAGCAGGUCGCCAUCGACAACUAAAUCGAUUAAAGAAGGCCUUUUAUACAGGGGAAUUCAACUCAGACAAUUUUGCUAAGCUUUGUUGUUACUUGAAAUCAUCCUCCCCGACUCGCUCCAAGUCGACUUCUCCAGAAGUUGCGUUGCAUACCACGAAAGAGGAGGCCUUUUAUACGGGGGAGUUCAACUUGGACGAUUUUGCUAAGCUAUGUCGUUACUUGAAGUCAUCCUUUCCGACUCGCUCAAGGUCAACCUCUCCAGAAGAUUCGUCGCAUACCAUGAAAGAAGAAGCCUUUUAUACGGGAGAGUUCAACUUGGACGAUUUUGCUAAUCUAUGUCGUUACUGGAAAUCAUCCUUCCCGACUCGCUCAAGAUCAACCUCUCCAGGAGAUUCGUUGCAUACUAUGAAAAUGGAGGCCUUUUAUACGAAGGAAUUCAACUCGGACGAUUUUGCUAAGCUAUGUCGUUACUUGAAAUCAUUCUCCUUGUCUCGCUCAAGGUCAACCUCUCCAGAAGUUGCAUCAUCUACCAUGAGAGGUGAUCAAUCACCGAUCCCUCUCACGGCUGAUUCAGCAGAAAUUCCGAAAGAUCUCAAAACUGAAAUCGGUGGAAGCUUUCAAGUCGACUCAACCGUGUCUGGGCCUGGCGACCCAAUCGUGACCGAUCACAAACCAAAUCCCGGUCAUUCAAACAAUCCAAAGGCUUAUUGGCCUAAAGCUUCGGAAUCUUCCACCUCCUCAGCCUCCCACACAAUCGUACAAGCACAGAAGGCCGCUGAUUACCAAUUUGCAACCACGCAAUCUCAAAAUUAUAAAUAAUCAGAGUUGGGGUAAGCAGGCGAUGAUAAGGAUAAGGCACAUGAAGAAGAAGAUGAGCAGAGCGAUAAGGCAGCUUUUAUACGACUGAUCUCGUUGAGCAGCAUUGCCCUGCUCCUGAUUAUUAAUCUGAUACGUUUUGUGAAACGGCAUGGUCUCUUCGACUCAGUUAAUUAGCAACUGCAUAUGUACAUUUGAACUAAGCAGUUAUAUAAGAAAGUCUCGAUUCUAUAAUGUAAAA